AUGUCUUCCAUUUUCGAAUCUUGUGAUUUGGCUCCCCCGGAUCCUAUUCUCGGUACCGCCACCGCUUAUAAGGCUGACCCCUCUCCCAACAAGGUCAAUCUUGGUAUUGGUGCUUACCGUGAUGAGAACGGCAACCCCAAGGUUCUCGAUGUUGUCCGUAAGGUCGAUCAGCAGUUGGCCGCUGACAUGAAGGUCGAUAAGGAGUACGCUCCUAUUGACGGUUUCCCGGCCCUCAAGCCCCUUAGUCAACGCCUUCUCUUUGGCGAGUCUAGUGAUAGAAUUGCCAGUAGUCAGGCUCUGUCCGGCACUGGAUCUCUGAGACUCAUCGGUGAAUUUGCCGCCAAGUUCCUCAACAGACCUGCCAUUUAUAUCUCCGAUCCUACAUGGGGUAACCACAUCAAGGUCUUCGAGAAAUCUGGUCUGAAAGUCCGAAAGUAUCCCUACUGGGACAGCGAACAUCGCGCGAUCAACUUCGAGGGAACCUUGAAGGUUAUUGGCGAUGCUCCUGUUGGCUCUCUCAUCCUCCUUCAUGCCUGCGCUCACAAUCCCACUGGUAUGGACUUCAACCACGAACAGUGGCAGCAGCUGCAGAAGCUUAUUGCUGAGAAGAACCUUGUCCCUGUUCUCGACAAUGCCUAUCAGGGAUACGCGUCUGGCGAUCUCGAGGCUGAUGCUUAUGCCCUCCGUCUCUUCUAUCAGUCUGGUAUGGAAUUCUUCGUAGCUCAGAGUUUCGCCAAGAACUUCGGUCUUUAUGGUGAACGUGCCGGUAUGUGCCAUCUCGUCACCAAGAGUGCUGACUUGGCUGCCCGCGCCCUUAGUCAGCUGAAGCUCAUUAUUCGUCCCAUGUAUUCUCUCCCCGAUCCAUGGUGGUUUGAUUGUUAA